AUGAACUUGCGUAAAGCGCACCUCGACAGCCCCUGGCCACCAAACGACCGAAAAGUCGGCGUCAUCCUAGUCGCCCAUUCCAUGGGCGGUUUCGUCGCCACCGACUGCCUCUUCCGCAUCCUCGACGAGCACCGCCAAACCCCCCCACCCGACGGCGCAGCAGCACCCACGCCCAUAUUCCCGCUCAUCCAAGGCAUCCUCGCCUUCGACACGCCGCUCAACGGCCUCGCCCGUUCCAUGUUCGUCUACGGCGCCUUCUCCAACUACCAAAAAGUCAGCCACGUCUUCAACAUCAUGACCGCCCUCUCGGCCGCCACCCCGGCCGCCCUCUCCCGCCUCGCCUCCAAACGCGCCCUGCGCUCCGCCACCAACCGCAUCGCCAAAUCCACCACCGCCACCCGCACCACCACCAGCCCCGCCUGGAAAGCCUGGCAGCUCAUCGCCCUCCGCACCGGCACCGUCGGCGUGAUCGCCGCGGGGGGCGUCGCCGCUUUCGCGCACCGCCGGCAGAUCCUCGAGGGCGUGCGCAGCGUGCGCGCGCUAACCCGCGCCGACAUCGUCCAGGGCUACCAGCAAUCGGUGGGGGCGGUGGGGCAAGGGUUGGCCUAUGUGAACCGGGGCAAUGUCGGGCAGAGCUUUGCGUGGCUGGCGGAUCAUUUUACGUUUGUUGGUGCGCUGCUGAAGCAGAAUGAAUUGACCAGGCGGCUGGAGAGGUUGGCGGGGUUGAGGGGGGUGGGUGUGUGUGAUGUGUACGCGUCGUUGGGGGAGAAUGGGUAUUGGAGUGGGGGGUAUUUUGUUCUCGAGCGGACGUUCUGCGCGGUGCCGGGGAGGGGGGAGCCUGAGGGGAGGUUGUUUGUGAGGCAUGUGGUGGAGGGGGCGAAGGAUGAGAUUGCGGCGCAUGUGGGGUUGUUUAGGAAGGGGGAUAAUGGGGACGACGACGAGGUCCCGGACGAGUCACCGAUCGAUAUCGCCGCGGCAGCCUCACUUGUGCCGCUGCCCGACGAAAUCGACGAACAACUCUCUGGGGAUACUGGCGACGCCGGGGGGGAUGGGAAAGUCGACCAGAAACGGGCCUACCUCCGCCAUCUGUUUGGAGUGGCUCAGCAGACGGGGACCAGUUUACGAUCUUACCUACCGUCGAAGCUGCCCACUGUCGAGAUGCCCAAGGUGUCAAUUCCCGCCGUCAACCUACCUAGCAUGCCUGCCAUGCCUAGUGUACCAAGUAUGCCCGCCAUGCCGAGCAUGUUGAUGCCCACGAGAAUCAAUCCGUUUUCUAAGGCACCGGCCACGGAGACGACGGCCACAGAGACAACGACUUCGGUGGGCUCAGCAGAAGCCGCAGAAGCCGCAGAAGCCGCGCCGACUGCUACAGCGAAGGUUGGCGCGGAUGAUGGGAAGUCAGGCGGGGAGGAGGCUGGCGCUGCCCGUUCGGUAUCGCUUUCUGGCAAGCGCGCUUUCGCCAGUGGGCUAUGGCAGCUCCCAAGCGGCGGAGACAGCGCCAUGUGGAAAUGA